AUGUCUACUUUUACGUUCAAAUGGCCUAAAGGACCUCAGGAAGUCAUUCUUACUGGGACUUUCGAUAACUGGUCUAAAUCCUUACAUUUAGUCAAGCAAUCCGACGGCUCUUUCCUGUUGGAAGUGCCCUUCCCGGCAGACAGCGAGAAAGUGUUGUUUAAAUACGUUGUGGAUGGAGAUUGGGUGGUAUCAUCCCACGACAAGUCUGAGAAGGACGCUAGUGGUAACGAAAACAACUACUUGAGCGGUGAAGACUUGGUUUCGGUCAAGAGUGCCGGAGCCGCCGUGCCAUUGGCCGGUGGUUUGACCGCUGCCGUGGUGUCGAAGGAAGCUAAGGCUACUGUUAUGCCCAAGGAGGAACAAAAGACCUCUUUGGGAGAACCAGGUAUAGUGAUUCCUCAAGACGCCGAGCAGUUGAAGGUGUUUGAGACUGUGAGAGACGUUGAUGCCAAGGCGUUGAACGAGCCGGAAUUGAGUGCUGAAGAAAAGAAGAAGCAAAAGAAGAAGGUCAAAAGAACCAAGCAAAAGGCUAAGAAGAAGAAGGCUGCGAAAGUCAUAGGAACUGCUGGUGCUGCUGGUGCUGGUGCUGCUGGUUCUGAGGGUGUCAGUGGUACUACUGAAGAGAGUGAAGAGAGUCCUGAGCCCGAAGCCAAGGAGGUUAAAGUCGAAGAACCUGCUGCUGAGCCAGUUGCUGCCGAAGAACCUGCUGCCGAGCCAGUUGUCGAAGAACCGGUUGCGGCUGAGGAAGUUGCUGAGCCAGUCGUUGCUGAGCCAGUCGUUGCUGAGCCAGUCGUUGCUGAGCCAGUCGUUGAAGCUCCAGUUGUCGCUGCCGUCGAGGAAAAGACUGUCGAACCAGUUGCUGAAGCUCCUGUUGAAGAAAAGGCCACCGAGGCCGUCGAAGCUCCUGUUGAGCCAGUUGCUGCCACAAGCUCCGCCGAUCCCGCCUACCACUCCUUAGACCCUCUUGCCGAUGGUAAGGAAAUCGAUGCCGCACCCGUCAAAGAUGAAGACGAAGAGAUCGUCAUUGCCCAAGGUAAGGGCAAGGAUAUCGAGGCCCAAAUCUUGGCCCAGGAAACCGGCGAUGUAACCAUUGAAGAAAUUCAACCUACUGACAGCGAAAGAGCCAAGUUGACUGAAGAAGCCAACAUCUCCCAAAAGUCUGACAAAUCCGUCGUGGCUAAGAAAGAAGUCAAGAAGGAAGUUAAGAAGGAAGUCAAGAAGGAAGAGCCAAAGAAGAAGAGGGGAUUUGUGUCCAGAUUAAAGAAAAUCUUCUCCUAG